AUGAAUUUCGAUUCAGGCACCGCCUACGCCGAGUCGGAUGCCGACGACGAGUACGAGCGCAGCCUAGGGCCCAACUCCCCAGUUACGAAUAGCGAAGCAUCGCCAAUCGAUUCCGAGCUGCCUUCCUCGAACGAGCACACCCCUACUACCUAUGGCCACCGCAGCAGCGCCGAUCGUCUGCCCGAGACCAUCAUCUCCGAGUGGACCGCUGACGAGUGCGCCGACUUUAUCAGCACAAUUGGCCUCCCACAAUACGCCGACCGCUUCGUUGAGAACGAAAUUGUCGGCGAGGCUCUAGUCGCGUUGCAACAUGACGAUCUCAAAUCUAUGGGUAUUGCUAGUGUCGGCCAUCGCCUGACCAUUUUGAAGAGUGUCUACGACGUCAAAAAGGCGCAAGACAUUCCGAUAGAGAGCGACCAUUAUGUGCCCUUGUCCGCCGAUGCCGAAGCGCAGUACGCGACAGCGACUCUCAAAGAUAUCAAGCACUUGGUCGAACAACUCCGCCUGAGAGACGAGCGAAUGAGUCUGGUAGAACAAGACUUGCGUCGACUGACAGACGACUUCAGACGUUUACGCGAGGACAUGUUGCCUGCCCUGCGUCUGGCGAAGGAUUCGUCACAACCCCUUCCCAACGUCACAACCAACAACAACCAAGGUUACGGAUACGAGACUGUGUCGCCACCAGCCCCGACACCGUCGUCCACUCAAUCCAUGAGCUUGAACCGACAGUACUCUACGAAGAGGAUUAUGCUCGGAACAACGCCCAAAAACGUCUCCCCCUCACACCUGCAGACGACCCAUGAGAGAAUGGAACAAUCUUUGGACCCGUCAAAUGCGGCCGAACGAGCCGUCUUGUCGUCCUCGCACCUGGCAGCCAUGAAUGGCUCCGGUACCGCUACCUCGCCUGGUUACCCCUCUCCGAAUAUGCCUUCCCCAACAUCUCCUCCGACCCACGGCGGCGCGACGCUUGGGUCCCGGUCUUACCGCUCCGAUGUACCUACCCCGUCGACAAGAUCAACCUUCGCCGAAAGCGAACACGGCUACAAAGGCCGCGAACAGCCUGUGGCGCCGAAACGUGGCCCGACCCCCGCCCCCGAUACGCCGAGCACGAGCAACGCAUCCGUCGAAAUCUUCAAGUCUUUCAGAGUCAGCAUGGACGACCCGUGCUAUAAGGUGCUACCUGCCGCGCUUAAGAAAUACCAAAUCAACGCGCCGUGGGAUCAAUACGCCCUCUAUAUUGUUUACGGAGAUCAGGAGCGUUGCUUAGGACUGGACGAGAAGCCUCUCAUCCUGUUCAAGCAGCUCGAUAAGGAAGGCAAGAAGCCCAUGUUCAUGUUACGAAAGACGAACAACGCCCAAGUCGACCUCUCGGCAGAGCAACCAGGGAGCGCGGGGCUUACGGCAAGGGGCGCUGCAACCGGCUACGAUCCGCCAGGCGGUAUCAUUUAG